AUGUUCACAUCAGCAGACCAUCAGAGACACACUGUAGAUGAUGUUGGCGGGGGCGCGCCUGACCAGGAGCACGGGCACCAGAAAGACGAAGCCGAUGAAGCCUUGCAAGAGGCGGCAGAGUCGGAGGGCCCCGCCCGCAGGUGGACGAGGAGUGCGAUUGCUUUGGACCUGGAGUUGCCUUUCGUUGAUGCACGAAGCGACCUGCAGAAAGCUGCGCAGGAAGCGGAGUUCCGCACCAACAGCCCUUGCGAGCCCUGCAAGCCCCGCAAGCCCCGCCAGCUGUCACGAACCGGUGCCGACAGCCGACAGUCCAGACCAAAGUUCUGCCGAGAUGGAACCCCAAAGUCAGCUUGCCGGACAAGCGGAGGAGCCAGCAGUGACAUGAGUGACGCUGCUGCACACGUAGCAUCGCCCACUUGUCGCAGACAUUAG